ACUACUUUCUCAUGUGACAACGCCCCCAACUGUAUUUCGACAGCGCACUUUCGCGUGUGUGUAAUGUGUAACUGCAUAGAUCUGAACUCCACAUAAGUUUCGCCGUCGUUGAAGUCAGACAAGAUGAACCUGGAGGCAUACUUCCAAAGAAUAGGCUUCUACGGCCCGCGGGACAAAGCCGACCUCGCCACACUGAAGCUGAUCCACAAGCAUCACGUCAUGUCGGUCCCAUUCGAGAACCUCAGCAUCCACUGCGGCGAAACAAUCAUCAUGGACCUGGACGUCAUCUUCGACAAGAUCGUGAGACGGAACCGUGGUGGUUGGUGCCUUGAGAACAACUUCCUGUUUUCCUGGGUGCUGAAAGAAUUGGGAUACGCCCCGACCAUAUUGGGCGCCAGAGUCUUCAGCAGCACCACGGGUGAUUUUGGGCCUUGUAAUAGCCAUCUCAUCAACAAGGUGGACAUUGAGGGCAAAGCUUACAUAGCAGACGUGAGCUUCGGGGUGUCGUCGCAGCUGUGGGAGCCGCUGGAGCUCGUCCACGGGAAGGACCAGCCUCAGAGGGCCGCCGUGUUCCGUCUUCUAAACAAGGGAGAUGUCUGGGUUCUGGAGAAGUCGAGUAGAAAGUCGGUGAUCCUCAACCCGGACUUUGCCAGUUCCAGUCUGGUGAACAGGAAGCUGACAAAGACGAUGUACUGCUUCACAAUGACCCCGAAGGUCGCCGAGGACUUCUUCGAAGUCAACAGCAAGCUUCAGACGGAUCCGAGCACGCUGUUCACUAACAAGUCCAUCUGCUCCUUGCAAACACCCUCGGGUUUCAGAGCCCUGAUUGGCUGCAUCUACAGCGAGGUCACCUACAAACCCGAGGAGGGCGUCGACGUCUUUGAUAUGAGGGAUGUGCCGGUUGAAGAGGUAGAGCAAGUUCUGCGAGACAAGUUCAGCAUCCGUUUGCAAAACAAACUACAACCUGUCAACAAGGCGUACUCAUACACACUCUAAGGCAGGGGUGUCCAAAGUGCGGCCCGGGGGCCAUUUGUGGCCCGUGGCUGUGAUUUUAUUGGCCCGCAGUACAGUCUAAAAAUUUAAUUUAACUAGAAAAUUAAAAAAACCAACAGCAGAAAAAAUGGGAAAAUCAGUCUAAAGUCAAAAUAUUAAGAGAAGACUUGUAAUCCAGCAAGGAAAAAAGACAUCAUUUCACAAUAAUAGAAGGAAAAAUGUCAUUUUAGUAGAAUGAAGUUGAAAUAUUAAAGUUUUUUUUAAAGUGAAAAACAAUUAAUAAAGUUGUAAUUUUUGGAAACUUAGGUUGGGGGAAAAUUUAUAAAAUGAGAAUAAAGUGAAAAUAUUAGGAGAAGGAAAUAUACAAGAAGAAAGUUGAAAUAUUUGCAAAAUUAUACCAAAAAAAACAACAGCAGAAAUGGAAAACAACAGAUAUUUUACCAGAGUAAAUCUGAUGAGCAAAAUAAUAUAAGCGAAAAAAAUAGUUUCCUAAUGGGGAAAAAAGUUGCAAUUUCAUGAGAAUAAACUUGUAAUAUGAGGAGAAAUGUAAUUUUAGUAACAAUGUUGAAAUAAAGAAAAAAUACAUUUUUUUUUUUAAAGAUCAAAAAUAUUAUGGGAAUAAAGGUAGAAUUACAAGAAGAAAAUUUACAAAAGGAAGGCUGAAAUGAAAUAGUUGGAAAAUUAAAAAAAAAAACCCAGCAGAAAUGGAAAAAAACAGCUGUAAUUUUACAGGAAUAAAGUCAAAAUAUUAAGAAAAAAGUCAUAAUCGAAUGAAGAACAAAAGUCGCAAUUUUACAAGAAUAAACUUGUAUUAUUAUGGAAAAAACAUCAUUUUUGGUAGCAUUUCGCUGGAAAAAGUUUGGACUCCCCUGCUGUAAGGCAGUGAUUGCCAACCACUGUGCCGGGCCACAUUCCUGUGGGCAAUGAUCCAAAUUCCCUUGAUUGCUCAGAAAAUUAGUAUUAGUUCCAAAUAAUGCCUCUUUGAUCAAAGUGACGUCUAGUGACAGGUAGAACAAUUAAAUGCUCUUCCACCAGAUCGCUGUUGCCAUUGUUUGGUUGUGUGCUGUGAGAUUUUUCAAACAUAAAAGUUGGGGACUACUGCGCUAUGGAACGUAGUCAAGGCGUGACGCCACAUGACUGACAUUCCAAACGUGUUUUUUAUUCAGAUGGAUUAUAUAUUUUCAACAUGCUUAGCAUGGAAAAGUACUUUUAAAUUAAGUUUGACAUCGUGGCUCGCAGAGUCUGUCGUUUGUAGUCUUAGCAAUAAAAACAAAAAAAAUAAAAUCAGUCUCGUCAGAUGUUGGUAUUAUUUGUAGUAAUAGUUUUGUGGUAUCCAGAACAAUAAAGGUUGCAUUUUUUUGAUCGCAUAAUUUGGCUGAAGUUUUUUUUUGGUUUACUUUUCAU